GAUGUAAAGUUCGGUUUCAUCCACAACCUGUCAAAUCCGAGGACAGCUGUGAAAGAGUCAACACCGCUUCGCACAUCGCGUAGAAAGAAGAUGCUUUUUUCAUCAUUCAGUUGACUCUUUAAGGAUCUUGUUAAGACACCUGGAAAGAGAUCCUCUCAUAUAAACUGAAAAACAUCAAUCCUUGGAAGAAUGAGCUUGUGUUGUCAGUCCAUCGCCUUGCAUCCUCCCCAAUAAGUAUUUACCUCAUUCAGCCUUUCCUCUACCUCUCUAACUCACAUUCACACGCUUCACCAGUGACCCACCGCUGCUCCUGCAGGCUGGGUACGGAGCUGGUCUGGCCGUGCGCCCCUCCAGCUCUGUGUGUUAGUGUGAGAUGGCGCGGCAGGAAGCAGAGGGUCGCUGCCGCUGUGGACUGUAAUGUCAGAGCCCAGCAGCCCCGGCGAGAGCCAGUGCGGCGCUCCCAGAUUCUUCGUGGGCUGCGCGGAGGAUGAGAGCGAAGGCCUGGACGACUACGCCAGCAUGAGGACAGACAUGGAGCUGUACGAAGACGACCUGGAGGAUGACUCGGUACGAACGCCUCCAGAGCGUCAGAUCGUGGUGGGGAUUUGCUGUAUGAUGAAGAAAUCCAAGUCCAAACCCAUGACUCAGAUUUUGGAGCGUCUUUGCAAGUUUGAGUACAUCACAGUGGUCAUCUUUCCAGAGGAUGUCAUACUCAAUGAGCCGGUGGAGAAGUGGCCACUCUGUGACUGCCUGAUCUCAUUUCACUCUAAGGGUUUCCCCUUGGAUAAAGCAGUGAGUUACGCAAAACUCCGCAACCCGCUGCUCAUCAAUGAUCUUAAUAUGCAGUAUUACAUACAGGAUAGGAGGGAAGUAUAUCGAAUUCUUCAGGAGGAGGGGAUAGAUCUGCCACGCUAUGCUGUGCUAAACCGCGACCCUGACAAACCUGAUGAGUGUAACCUGGUUGAGGGAGAAGACCAAGUUGAAGUUAACGGUGAAGUCUUUCUAAAACCCUUUGUAGAGAAGCCAGUUUCUGCUGAGGACCAUAAUGUGUACAUCUACUACCCAACUUCAGCUGGAGGAGGCAGCCAGCGUCUCUUUAGAAAGAUUGGGAGCAGAAGUAGUGUUUACUCUCCAGAGAGCAGUGUGAGGAAAACUGGCUCCUAUAUCUAUGAAGAGUUCAUGCCAACUGAUGGCACAGAUGUGAAGGUAUAUACAGUAGGGCCGGAUUAUGCUCACGCGGAGGCUCGUAAAUCCCCUGCUCUCGACGGGAAAGUUGAGCGAGACAGUGAAGGCAAAGAAAUCCGCUACCCAGUCAUGCUGACUGCCAUGGAGAAGCUUGUGGCCCGUAAAGUCUGUCUGGCAUUCAAGCAAACGGUGUGCGGAUUCGACCUUCUCCGAGCCAAUGGCCACUCUUAUGUGUGUGAUGUCAAUGGAUUUAGUUUUGUGAAGAAUUCCAUGAAGUACUAUGAUGACUGUGCUAAGAUCCUGGGAAAUAUAGUGAUGAGGGAGCUGGCUCCUCAGUUCCAGAUCCCCUGGUCUAUACCUACUGAGGCUGAGGACAUUCCUAUUGUACCCACUACAUCAGGGACCAUGAUGGAGCUUCUCUGUGUGAUAGCUGUGAUCCGUCAUGGAGAUCGUACACCAAAGCAGAAGAUGAAGAUGGAAGUGCGGAAUCCCAUGUUCUUUGAGCUUUUUGAAAAAUACGGUGGAUAUAAAACGGGCAAGCUGAAGCUAAAGAAACCUAAACAACUGCAGGAAGUUCUGGACAUUACCAGGACACUUUUGGCAGACAUAGGACAGCAUACUGACUGUGAAAUAGAGGAGAAGAAGUCCAAGCUUGAGCAACUAAAGACUGUUCUAGAAAUGUAUGGUCAUUUCUCUGGAAUCAAUAGGAAAGUGCAGCUAACAUAUCUUCCUCAUGGACAACCCAAAACAUCCAGUGAGGAGGAAGAUACUCGUAAGGAGGGCCCCUCUAUACUGCUGGUGCUGAAGUGGGGAGGAGAACUGACUCCAGCUGGCAGAGUUCAGGCUGAAGAACUCGGCAGGGCUUUUCGCUGCAUGUAUCCUGGAGGUCAAGGGGAUUAUGCUGGCUUUCCAGGCUGCGGCCUGCUCAGGCUACACAGCACAUACCGGCACGACCUCAAGAUCUAUGCCUCUGAUGAGGGCAGGGUGCAAAUGACUGCUGCUGCCUUCGCAAAGGGUCUCUUGGCACUGGAAGGGGAACUGACACCAAUCCUGGUCCAGAUGGUAAAGAGUGCAAAUAUGAACGGCCUGCUGGAUAAUGAUAUCGAAUCCCUCAGUGGCUGUCAGCAGAGGGUUAAGGCUAGACUUCAUGAGAUCAUGCAGAAAGAUGAAAUCUUCACAGAAGAAGACUUUGACAGGCUGGCUCCAACGUGCAGUAGCUCCCUGUUGAACUCUAUGAAGGCUGUGGAGAAUCCAGUUAGUACGUGUGAUCAAGUCUACACCCUUGUCCAGAGCCUCACCUCACAGAUCCGCACAAGACUUGAAGACCCCAAAUCAGCAGAUUUACAGCUGUACCACAGCGAGACACUGGAGAUGAUGCUGCAGCGCUGGUCUAAGUUGGAAAGGGACUUCCGCAUGAAGAGCGGCCGCUACGACAUCAGCAAAAUUCCUGACAUUUAUGACUGUGUUAAGUAUGAUGUGCAGCACAACGGCUCUCUGGGCCUGGAGGACACUUUGGAACUCUUCAAGCUCUCCCGAGCACUAGCCAACAUUGUCAUACCACAGGAGUACGGCAUUAAUAAGGUGGAGAAGCUGGAUAUUGCGUAUGCUUACUGUCUGCCUUUAGUGAAGAAGAUUCAGCUUGACCUUCAGAGGACACACGAGGACGAGUCUGUUAACAAGCUGCAUCCACUGUAUUCACGUGGAGUGCUGUCACCAGGCAGGCAUGUCCGAACUCGGCUGUAUUUCACAAGCGAGAGUCACGUCCACUCCCUGCUUAGCAUUUUCCGUUAUGGUGGCCUAUUGGAUGAGGAAAAGGACCAGCAGUGGAAGAGAGCCAUGGAUUAUCUGAGUGCAGUGACUGAACUCAACUACAUGACCCAGAUUGUCAUUAUGCUCUAUGAAGACAACAAUAAGGACCCGUCCUCUGAAGAGCGCUUCCAUGUGGAACUGCAUUUCAGCCCUGGGGUCAAAGUGUCUGAGGAGGAGAGCGCUCCGAUGGGCUUUGGCUUCCGACCAGCUUCUGCUGAAAACGAUCAAAAGCAAACAGACCCUGGUAGUUUGGAAAAUCUCGUACGGGAUGAGCCUGACCGCGCUUUGCCCCUCUCAGAGGCCAUCAGCACCCAGAGGAAAUCCCCUCUGAUCCGGAAUCGCAAGACUGGCUCCAUGGAGGUACUGUCGGAAAGCUCGUCCUCUAAAGGGGGCAGCUAUCGCCUUUUCCCCUCCUGCUCACGUCAGUCUCCAGAGAUGAAGCAGAGCGGAUUAGGCUCUCAGUGCGCUGGUCUCUUCAGCACCACCGUCCUGGGGGGCUCCUCUAGCGCCCCCAACCUUCAGGACUACGCACGCACACACAGCAAAAAAUUCUCCUCGGGCAGUUUGACCUAUAAAGACGGAAUCCAAAAACGUCUGAAGCAAAAACAUGGUAAAAAUGUAGAUUUUGUGAACAGCAAACUGAAUAUAUAAACUCUUGCCUUUAACUACAUAAAGGGGGGGUUUGCUAUGAUAGCAUUUUACAAUUCAGUCUCAGACACAACACAUUUCAAAAGUUUGAGGUCUGUAAGAUUUUUUUUUGUUGUUGCUGUUUUUGAAAGAAGUCUCUAAUGCACAAAAAAAACAGUAAAACAUAUGAACGUUCAAAUUGUUUGUUGUCUAGAACGUAUUUCACAUGUUAAUGUAUUAAUUUUCAUGGCAAAGCAGAAUUUGCAGCAGUGUUUAGUGUCACAUGAUCCUUUAGAAAUAACUAGUAUGCUAAUUCGUGCUAAAGAUAUACUCCUACCUACCAUCAGUGUUGAAAACAGUUGUGCUGCUUAAUUUUGGAAAGUGGAAACCUUGCUACAUUUCUUUCAGGAUUUAAAGAAUAUAAAAAGUUAUGUAUUUGUAUAUGUAUAUGAGAUACAUGAUCCACUGUUAUAUUGCAAGUGUUGUUUGAUCAAUUCAGUGCAUUUUCACUGUAUGAUUUUUUUUUUAAUUCUAUUUUUUUUUUUAUCUUAUUGACCCCAAACUUUUGAACAUUAGUGUAUAUUGCAUUAAUUUAUUUGGUAACACUUUACAAUAAGGUUCUAUAUGUUAACACUAUUAAAUGCAGUAGCUAACAUUUACAGCAUUUAUUAAUCUUAAUAGUAUAUUUAGGAAUUGAUACAUGUGACAUUUCAAGAUCUUAGCAUUAGCUAAUGUACCAUAUUCUAAAUAAAAUCCUGAAUUAACAAAGACAUUAACCUAAACUCAUACAUAGGACUGGUGAUUGUUAGAAGAUACAUAAUGUUAAUGAACUGAACCUUUUUAUAAAGUGUGACCCAUUAUUUGGGUAUUAUAAUUAUUACUAAAUUUGAUUAGUGGCCAUUAGCUAAUUUGAAAAUGCAUUGCCAAAUUGUCUCUCCAGUCCCGAUUCCUUCCAGAAUGUUCAGUUUGUACAUUUUUUUUGUCCACAAGGUGUCAGUGUGACAUUGUUUGGAGUUCUCCCUGUUUCAGUUCCCAUUUCUUGUGUCUUGUUUUGUUCACUGCCGUUUUUGCAGUUAUAACUUUACUCUCUCAUUUGUCGCUAUCGUAAACACGAGCCUGUUCAUUUAACCUUAUUAGCCUCCGUUAAAAACCUCUGGCUGGUCUGUAGGACCGGCCGGUCAUCGAGCACAAUCCCCUUUUGUCCUCUCUGUUGUGUGUGGUUGUGUCCCGUGAAGGCAUGUGCUGUUACACUACAGGCUCUCAGAGCUGCUUGCAUCGCCGAAGCGAGGGGUCGAUCGGACCGGCUCCAGCUUUUCAUGCUUCAGUCCACCAUUUUGUUUGUUCUGAGAGAUGACGUCUGAUAAGAUGGCAUCUGUAUUUAUAGUAGAGAAGUGCCCAUAAAGUGACAAGCCAAAAAUAUUACAGUAGCCAAGGUGUUAUAAAUAGAUCCGCUAAUUUACUGCGGCGACUCUGUGAGGACAUUUAAGCAGUUAUGAUGAAGAUCUGUCCUAUUGCCUUUUGUUUUUCCUUUUUAAGAGUUUAUUUUCUCUACCUGAGCUAGGAAUAGCCUCAGUGAACCCAUCUGUGAGAUUAACAUUUAAGCAACAUUCUCACUCUUUAGCUAAAAGUCUAAAUCGCAUUGAGACGCUGCUCUUCUGCUUUCUGUCUGUAGUCACAGUAGAAACCCAGCCCUACAUCCCUCACCCUAACUCUCCUUGACAGUCUCACACCUUCAGCUCUGUAACACCAUCCCCAUCCUGUACAGGUGUACUGUAAA